UGUCCGUGCCUUCACUUCCCUGGGUAUAGCAUGAAGGGAGCCGGCUUGGAGUUGCGGCUGCAGCCUCUGCCUUGGGUUUCUCUGGGCUUGCGGUUGUUCCUGGUUAAUAGUGACUGGAACAAAUACAACUGACAACAUAUCUUGUCUCAAGCCCUUAAAUUCUUUUCAGCAUGGCUGGAAGCAUUACUGAUACAGGGGAACUCUACUCUCCUUAUGUUGGCCUGAUUUACAUGUUCAACCUCAUAGUUGGCACAGGAGCUUUAACUAUGCCAAAGGCCUUUGCUACUGCUGGUUGGCUUGUCAGCCUUAUUCUAAUAAUGUUCUUGGGAUUUAUGAGCUACAUGACCACAACUUUUGUAAUGGAGGCCAUGGCUGCAGCAAAUGCUCAGCUUCAUUUAAAGAGAAUGGAAAAGCACAAGGAAGAUAAUAAUGAUGAAGAUUCUUCAUCUGAAGUUUCUGAUAGUGAAGUUCACCCAGAUGUUUAUGAACGAUCAGAAACACGGCCAAUUCUAUCUGUGCAGAAACGAGGAGCACCUAAUAUUUUUGAAAUCACAGAAAGGGUAGAAAUGGGUCAGAUGGCCUCCAUGUUCUUCAAUAAAGUGGGAGUGAAUUUAUUUUACUUCUGUUUAAUCAUCUAUUUAUAUGGUGAUCUGGCAAUCUAUGCAGCUGCUGUCCCAGUUUCUCUCAUGCAAGUGACUUGUACUAUGACUGGCAAUCAUUCAUGCAGCGUGGAGGACGGGACAAAGUAUAAUGACACAGACAAGUGCUGGGGGCCAAUCAGGAGGAUUGAUGCUUACAGGAUUUAUCUGGCAGUAUUUACUCUUCUUUUGGGUCCUUUCACCUUCUUUAAUGUGCAGAAAACUAAAUAUCUUCAGAUCAUGACAUCGCUAAUGAGGUGGUUAGCAUUCAUCAUCAUGAUCAUUGUGGCCCUGCUCCGCAUCUCCAAAGGUCAAGGGGAAGGCCACCCCCCUCUGGCUCAGCUCUCAGGAGUACGAAAUCUCUUUGGAGUCUGUGUUUAUUCCUUCAUGUGUCAGCACUCCCUGCCAUCCCUCAUCACUCCCAUCUCUCAGAAGAAGCAUGUUAACAAGCUAGUCCUGCUGGAUUACGUCUUGAUCCUGGGUUUCUACAGCCUUCUGUCUUUCACUGCUAUCUAUUGUUUCCGCAACGGGACUCUGAUGGACAUGUACACACUCAACUUCACAAACUGUGACAUUGUCAACAUUGCGUUUAUCCGCUACUUCCUGGGACUCUUCCCCGUCUUCACCAUCAGUACAAACUUUCCUAUAAUUGCUGUGACUCUAAGAAAUAAUUGGAAAACUCUCUUCCACCGGGAAGGGGGAACCUACCCUUGGGUAGUGGACAGGAUUUUUUUCCCAGUCAUCACACUAAUUCCUCCAAUUGUUGUGGCUUUCUGUACUCAUGAUCUGGAAUCCUUAGUGGGAAUUACUGGCGCCUAUGCUGGAAAUGGGAUCCAGUACAUCAUUCCUGCUUUUUUAGCAUACUAUAGUCGGAAAGAAACGCGAACGACCUUUAGAAAUAGCGCACUCAACAAACAUUUGUCCCCUUUCCGGCACACCUUCUGGAUUGGGUUUGUGCUGCUCUGGGGGCUUUUUUGUUUUUUGUUUGUGACUGCAAAUAUCAUUUUGAGUGAAACAAAAAACUGAUGAUGGAGCAAUAUUUCUGGUUAAGAGGAUCUCUGAGACUUCUAUUCCAGGCGUUGCACCUAAUAAGGAUAUUUUUAAACUAUCUUAAGUUUAAACUACUUUUAAAAUACUAAUACAUCAUUGAGCUUGAUGCUCAUUUGAGGCACCUUGCUGCUUGGACAGUUACCUUUCAGGUUCUGAUUUUCCAUUUAAUGCACAAAACAAUUGGACUCUAUCCUACAUCAGGCUUUCUAAGUGGGGUGUUUUCCUUCCUAUUAGAAGAUUUCAGAGACUGUUGGCUAUGCAUCUAAUCCUUCAUGUGAUGGAAAAGACCAGUUUUACUAAAGGCUUUACUUUUAGUAGUCAAGCCAAUUACUUACUAAGAUCUGCUUUACCUAAUCAUUCAUAUUCUUCCUGAAGUGGCUUUCUGUUCUGCCAAAUCAUUGACUAUUAGGAGCAAAAUGAAAGCAACUGAUGGAACUUGGUUUCAUAACUGUUAAUACUGCAUGAUGUAUGUAGCAACCUAAACCCUUUGGAAUGGGUAGAGGAGCCCCAUCACUUCCCCUUCUCCCCUCGUCCUGCUUUGAUUGUUUUCCUCAUUUGUUUUUCAGCCUUUCCAAUGCCUUUAAAUGUUGCCUUGUUUCAUAUAAUGCAGCCCGGGGACUGAAACUUGCCAAGCUUUAAGCUUUGUUGUUACUUUAUUUCAGAUAUUUCCCUCCUCAGUUGUUUAUGUACGAUAUGGGUCUGAGCAGGAUGUCCUGUCAUGAACUAUACACUCUGUUGAUACAAAGCCAUCUCUUAAAUAAGUAAUAAGAAAUGUUUCCCAUUAUAAUGCUUUAUUUUCUCUUUAUGCCGUUAACAGAAUCAUGCUAGGGUCACAGCAGCAGGGCAGGCCCAGCCCUGUGCUUUCUAUAUGAGUGUGAAAAUGUUGAUUACUUAUUAAAAGACUACUUUGAUAAAUGUGGAGAGCAGCUGAUAUAGUCUUGAUGCAAUAUGUUAUGACUAAAUCUAUCUAAAGAAUUUUCUAAACAUAGGGGGAAAAAACUAUAGAAAGCGGAAGGAGACUUGUUCUGAAAGCCAAUCCAUCUUCUAUCCGAAAAUUACAAACGAUGCGUCCUGAUUCUCGCUAAAUCAUGAACUCCAAUCCAUGAAAUCUCAUUUCUCUUUCUCCUUAAACUGAUGAUCACAUCAUAAAAUGUAAAGGUUGAAGGAGACCUU